UUAACGACCAUAAAAUCUACUAACCUUGAAUCUCUGUAGCCAACCGAUUCGUUGCUUUUGUUUUUAUAACGAAAAUAAUAUUAAAGUAAUUUCGAAUUUUUAAUUAAAUAUUUUGGUACCAAAUCGGCAGUCUCAUCAUAAUACCUGCUUUUUACACUCUGUAGUCUGUAUAUAAUCUUCCCCCUUGUGCAAUUUAUUUCCAAAUAAAAAAAAAAAACAAAACACACCUCAGAGCUCCAAAAAUGGCGUGCUGCAGCUUCAGUCUCACAGCCACCAGAGAGUGGUUCUUGCGGCGAUCGUUCUCAGCGGCCGGUCUAAAGUCAUCGACAACCGAUCUCGGCGACGGUACUUUCAUGCAUUGCUGGGUCCCAACCCACCACAUCAACUCUAAGCCCACUCUCCUCCUCAUCCAUGGCAUCGGAGCCAACGCAAAGUGGCAAUGGAACGAAUUCGUUCCUCUUCUGACUCCACAAUUCAACGUUUACGUCCCGGACCUCCUCUUCUUCGGCGACUCGUACACGACCCGACCCGAGAGGUCAGAGUCGUUCCAGGCCCAAUGCGUAGCGGCCGUUAUGGAUGCGCACGGCGUUAAGAGGAUGAACGUGGUGGGGCUCAGUUACGGCGGGUUCGUGGGGUUCAGCUUGGCGGCGCAGUUUAAGGAACGUGUGGAGCGGCUGGUGCUAUGCUGCGCCGGGGUGUGUUUGGAGGAUAAGGAUAUGGAUGAAGGGAUGUUUCAGUCGAGGACUGUGGAUGAUUCGAUCAACGUUUUGUUUCCUCAGACGACGGAAAAGGCAAGGGAUUUGAUUAAGCUCUCUUUUCACAAGCCCAUUAGGGGAAUUCCCUCUUUUUUCCUCAGAGACUAUAUUGAGUACAUGUGCACAUCAUACAUUCAAGAGAGGAAAGAACUAGUCCAUGCAUUACACAAGGACAGAAAAAUGUCUGAUCUUCCCAAGAUUACACAGCCAACUCUGAUUAUCUGGGGAGAACACGACCGGAUAUUCCCAAUAGAGCUAGCAUACCGAUUAGAGAGGCACAUUGGUGAGAAUGCACAACUAGCGGUCAUAAAAAAUGCAGGGCAUGCCAUAAACGCAGAGAAGCCAAAAGAGAUGUACAAACACUUUAACUCGUUCCUCAUUGGUCCACUCCCUCCUUCUAAGCCAGCAAAGGGAAACAACAUCAAUGGCCACAAGUUGGACUGAAAAGGUUCAAAAGUUGAAGCAAAAUCUAGAUUUUACAAAUCCACGUUCGCCCAAUCAUGGAUUAAUUUCGAAGUUUAGAAAUACUGGUGUAUACCUAAAUUAUUAUACUAGAAAGUGUGUUAGUAAAGAGAAAGUAUGAAUUAAGACCCAUCUCUGGUUUGGGUGGAGCGAAAAAGUUGCUGGGUUGGCCACAGAAUCUGGUUCUUGAUACAAUUUGCCUAGACUAGAGUAACUCUUUUUUAUUAUAAAAGCAGAGGAUUGGGAUGAUAUUGGCGUUUGUAAAUUACUUAAAUGUACGUAUGGGCUUUUCUACGUAUUUAAUAUUUAUCGUCAGAGUCCAUAUUUAUAUA